AUGCACCCGUUUUCUAUUCUCACUCUCGGCAUUUUCAUAGCUGGCUACAUCACCGCGCGCUGGGAUCUGGUUACCCGCCUCUAUGAGUUGGCCAUCUUUGCUGUUGAAUACGGAGUAGUGAUACGCGCUGCGAAGGGCGUAAUUGCCUUGACUGCACUGUUCGUCGCCAUUUUUGCACCGGUAGCCUGGAUUGCGAGAAAGGAAACUUACUUGCACCCAAGGGCCCCUGCCAUCGGGUUAUCUGCUAGGGAGCAGUUGAGACGGCGCGAGCAUGAUGGACUGAUGCGAGUGUUCUGGCCAACGGACAUUCGCAAGUCCGAUCGUCCUGGGGUGGUGGUUGGGUGGAGGAAUUCGACCUUGGAUGUUUUUGUUGUCGCCAUUCUGGAAGAUGUGGAGGCCCAGAAAGUCGAGAUUCAUCUCAAAGAGGGCACAUUUUUCAGGAAUGCGCCUCACUCUCCUGCUCGAAUAUACGACCUAUGUGGGCAUGCAUCAAUGCAUGUCCUCGGCAUAUCAAACACAAUGACAACGCGGGACAUUGAUCAGUCUUGGGUUUGUUCGGUAUACUGCCCAUCCUCCAGAAUCCCAACUAUUACCUGCGCCAAGGCAUCCAGCAUACAACUCAUCCUCUAUGAUAGACCUCAACCGAAGUACAUGCAAUAUGUCUCCUUGACCCCGAUCGCCCUCGCACUAGGAGACAGCCAACCCCCGAUAGAUGACGGCAGGAUUGAUGAUGAUGCCGAGGAUGCAAUAGAACGACAAGAACGGGUGGCGAAAGAGACGAAGCGAAAGCUUGUCGAGAAGUUGAAGCAGCACAGCAUCUAUAAGCGAGUGCCCUCCGCAAGAGACAAGGCAUUACGCAAGAUCAUUAACCAAAUCAACUGGUCUUGGGAGCUAGAACAAAUCCUGCUGAAAAACGUCGGACGCCUGGGGUCUCGCCCCAAGCGAAGUCUCAGCGUAUCAGAGCAGGUCAUGGAAUCUGCCUUUACUAUGAGGAACUAUGUACUCACACAACUCUGGGCAAUCUUCUCCGUGUACCUAUUUCCGACCUUGUGCAAGAUUUUCAACAUAGUCCUCAUGGGUCACCGUAUGGCUGCAGAACUGUUUCUGCUCCUUCUCGAGUUCCGGAUAAAGCCAGGAUAUGCCGCAUUGAAGGAUAUAUCGGCAACGGCGCAGCAGAUCGAAAUUCGCCUGCAACAGUUCUGCUACUGGCCCAUGCAGUAUUCGACUUUACGGCAAAGGAAGAUGAAUUGGGCCAGUAUAACGACUAGUCACCCUGAUUAUAUCCGAUUCUACAAUAGUCUCUGGCUCGUUGCCAACGACGUGAUCAUCGGCAUGGCUCUCGGCUCGUACAUAAUUGAACAUGCUGACGGGCUCGCAACGCAACUCGGCGACCUUCUGCGGGUAUAUACUGUCGAAGCUCUUCGGCGUAGCAUCUCAUGGCUCAUGGGCUGGCCGGCCGGUUUGAAGCUUAAUAGUGAAUUGGCCGAAUUCUUGGGCGAGCUGUUCCUUUGGGUAAUUGAUUAUUGGUCAAGUUGCAUCAAUGCACUGCAUCCCGUCUUGCCAAAAGUUGUCUGGUUUAUUGGAUUUACAUCCUUUGCAGGUGCCAGCAUGCCGAUUGCGCUCUGCUCGGAUCUCCUCUCGGCCUUGACUGUGCACAUCUACUCGUUUUAUCUAGCUUCGGCACGCAUCUAUCAUUGGCAGCUGACAAUACUCCAAUCCUUGUUUCAUCUAUUCCGGGGCAAGAGACACAACGUGCUCCGUAACCGUAUCGAUUCGUGCGACUACGACUUGGACCAGCUGCUUCUCGGCACCAUUCUGUUUACGCUUCUGUUCUUCUUGCUUCCUACAGUUGUUGUCUUCUACCUCAAUUUCGCCAUUGCUAGGAUGAUUAUAAUAUCCAUGAAAGCGGGAUUCGACACUCUGCUUUCCUGUUUAAAUCAUUUCCCGCUUUUCGCCGUCAUGUUGCGGGUCAAAGAUGAAAAGAGGCUACCAGGCGGAAUUCGUUUCGAGCUUCGCGAUGAUCAAGAUGAUGGAUCUAGCGACAGCCAAUCUCCCAAUAAGACCCCAACAUCCAUCAUCUACCUCAAGUCGGUUCCCUUGAAAUUUAGCGACAUGUUCAACCAGUAUUCUCAGCUGGCUCAUCGUAUCCGGAAACACUACUUGUCACCUCGAGUUUUGCUGUGCCUCCUCACAGGCCAGUUUGUGCCUCCUAUCAACCGCAAGAAUUUGUACAGUCUACAAUACAGCAUGUUGCCAUCGCGACGGGCAACAGUGUGGGAGAUGUGGCGAGCGAUGAAUACCCAACUUACCCAGAAGCGAGCGUUCCAAUUACCCAUAAUACCUCCUUUGCCUAAUGGUGGGAAAAGAAUGGCUAAUACCGGGCGCACGAGGUCAUACCACUGA